AUGUUUGCUCUGCUUGCUUCAGUGUUUGAUAGGAGCUCUUACGCUACACGUCUCUGCGGAUAUGGCUUCUCAGUCAUACUUAAGAUUCACAACAUACGCCUUUCGUUCGACCGGUAUUUCCGAAGCCGCUCGCUGUCCAACAACAGGAGGAAUGUUUGGUUUGCUGAAUUCUGGGAGGAGAACUUCAACUGUAAGCUGGGGAUGCACGGGAAACGGCCCGGCAGCUUGAAGAAAUGCACAGAGUGCAUCUUUAUUUGCAUCACCGGCCAAUCUUCUCCUCAGAAGAGACAGUGUGCAUUCAAAAUUACUCCUGUGGACAAAAGAUUUGAAACUGUGGGUUUUGUGAAUGGGUCGGUCCAGGUCUGUGAGAGCACCCAAUGCUGCGUGGGCUAUUAUCGGAUCAUCAAUGACCAGCCACGGGUUGAAAUUCUCGCUUGUGAUUUUGUUGAAAAGUCUUGCCCAAACGACACCUGCAUAGCACAACCAGUACAAGUACUGGACAACGUUGCCUUCAUGAAAUGUGCGUGCAACACAGACCUCUGCAACAGCAACAUCACUUGGACCUCAGAGUCGGAAGAGCCUCUACCCACACCCACCUACUCUUAUUCUAUGGGUAAAAAAAAAGCAGCUGUGAUUAUUCUUACUGGAACUCUGCUAGUCCUGUGGCUCAUAAUUAUGAUACUGAAAGAGAAACAGGAGAAUCCACCCUCCCCUGAUGCUCACAGUGUCUCACGACUGUGUUCCUGCCAAACAAGAAACACCUCUGAGAUUGACUUUGCUGACAUUGAACUACAGCAGAUUGUGGGCCGUGGACAUUUUGCCACUGUCUGGGAGGGGAAAUACAAGGGAUCCAUGGUUGCUGUGAAAGUUUUCACUGAAGGAUGGAAACAUACCUUUACUGCAGAGAAGGAAGUCUAUGAGCUACCACUGAUGAAGCAUGCUGGGAUUGUCAACUUCCUGGGCUCUGGGAGGACACCAUAUGAAAGCAGUUGGCUAAUUGUCCUGCAAUUAGCUGAAUAUGGCUCUCUCCACUCCUAUCUAUGUAAACACACCACCAACUGGAUGUUGUCAGUGAAGCUGUGCCAGUCUUUAUCGCAGGGAGUUUCCUAUCUCCACUCUGACCUUCACAUACAUGAUGUGCAUAAACCCCCUGUGGCCCACAGAGACUUCAGCAGCUCCAACGUGCUUGUAAGAGCAGAUGGUACCUGUGUCUUGUGUGAUUUUGGAUGCUCAACCAUCCUGAGAUUUUGUUCAGGACAUCACAGGUUCCAUGCGACAAACAUGGAGGCCCAUGCUCAGUUGGGCACGUUGCGCUACAUGCCCCCUGAGAUCCUGGAAGGCUCUGUGAACCUCAGAAACGGCUGGUGUCUACUGCAGGGAGACAUCUACGCUCUGGCCCUGCUGCUGUGGGAGAUCUUGAUGAGUUGCUCUGAUUUAUUUGAAGGCGGUGUUGCUCCACAGCAUCUGUUGCCUUAUGAAUUAGAGCUGGGAGCCGAUGUAAACCUGGAGAGCCUCAUCCAGUAUGUGUUUCACAUGGAGAAAAGACCCUCCAUACCUAAAGACUGGGGACUGCUACCACAGGGAUUUGUGCUGCAGGAGCUCCUGACAGAUUGUUGGGACUGUGACCCGGAUGCUCGACUGACCGCUCAGUGUGUAUUGAACAGAUUAAUGAAUCUUCAGUCUUCUUACUCUUAUUGAUAUGUUUU